AUGGAAUACCUCGAUGCUACUUUUGUCCCAUCCGUAUCGUUUUUUGGGUCCCUGGAGAUCAUCGCCGCCACCGUCAAGUUUAUCGUCAGUUGCUUCGUUAAACACAUUCUCUAUGGUUUCUACGCGCUUACCAAUGUCACAAAUGCCACUGGAAUUAUCUAUAGGUUCACUGGUACCUUGCAGCUCACAACGCAAGAAAUUGGAGAUAUUACCUUGUCAUAUGGCAGAAAGAAGCCCACCGGUUAUGCCACGCCUACUUCUUCCACCUAUAUCACCUGCUUUCCUUUUGAGCAGACCGCCUUUACUACUGGAGGUACGCCAAACUGGCAGCCUUUGUUCGUUCGGACAGCGACGUUGAGCAUAGUCCAGUGUGGGAGGUGGAGCCCGACGUCCCCGUAUCCAUAG